UCGUCUCCUCAUCAGUAUUUUGGAGGCAUCAUGAGUUGCCCUUCCUCUGGUCAGCAGUGUAACAGUGGUUAUCCACAGAUGCUCCAGCAGACCCCUGGUUCUGUGUGGCCCCCUCAACCCUGUCAACCCUACUGGCCCUGCCAAACUGGUCAGCCGGCGUGGCCCAUGAAUCCUGGUACAGCGGUCCCACCCACCUGGCCCGUCCAACCCUUUCAACCAGGCUGGCCCAAUCCUGCAUCAACCCCGACAAGCCAGCCUGGCCCACCUGUUCAACCAAACCCACCCACCCAACCAAUCCAACCAAACCCGCCAAACCUACCAGCUCAACCAAUCCAACCAACCCAACCAAUUCAACCAAACCCACCCACUCAACCAGGCUGGCCUACACAACUCCCCGCAUCUCCCGUCCCCUCAACAUGGCAUGGUAAUCCUGGUCAGCCAGGUUGGCCGGGUCAAAUCCCCACAGGAGGAGCUACGCAGCACUGGCCGCCCGCACCAUCCACCGCUCCUGUUAUGGUGCCCUUCAACAUGAAUUUUCCUCGUGGCAUUUAUGAUAAACUGAUGUUGACCAUCAGAGGUCAAGUAAAGCCCGAUGCUAAAAUGUUCACCAUCAAUUUUUUGCGCGGUAACGACAUCGCUCUUCACAUCAAUCCUCGGUUCAAUGAAGGCGGGAAACAGGUGCUUGUGCGCAAUCAUAAGCUGGGCGAGCGCUGGGGUCGAGAGGAGCGCGAGCUGCUGACGCCCUUCCCCUUCAUGGCCGGACAUCACUUCGAGAUGAAGAUUCUGUGUACGUUCACCGAGUUCAAGGUGGCGGUCAACAACACGCCCAUGUUCGACUUUCAGCAUCGCAUCCGCGAAGUGAACCAGAUCGACCGCAUCAACAUCCUGCAUGACGUCACGCUCACGUCCGUCAAUGUGGACUCGCUCCCCUAAGCAGACAGCGCGCGAUCCCCACAGAACUUCAGUCAACCACCGAACACAAACAGUUGAUGAUGGACUUUUCCUUCGUCACGUGACGUCUUCGCCCUGAUAGCACACGGAUGUCUGGGAGACGUCUUUUUAUUGUUUGCUCAUCUGCGACACGUCUCUGAGAUGUGAAAAAGUGUCUUUUCUAAGACGUUCAUCAGAUGUUUUACACAGCACAUCUCAUACAGGCGAACAUGUGCUGUCCGAACGACUGGAAUUCUGUGGAAACCAAUGCACGUCAUGUGACUGUAUAAUCGUCUUUAUAACUAACACAUAACAGAUUGUGUUUAUUCAUCAUCCCUGUCAUUAACAGACGCAU